AUGCUCGAUGUCUCGACGGCAAAAGCACCCGACAAACACACCCUUUACUGCAUCGCGUCCUUAUCCAAGGCCUUCAUGGCUGCGUCGCUCGGCCCGCUCGUCCGGGAGGGCAAGCUUACGUGGGAUAGCACCAUCCAUUCCGUGGUUCCCGAGUUCAGACACUCCCAGAAGCCCGCCGAGUUUGCGGAAAUGACAUUGCGGGACAUUUGCUCGCACCGAACCGGCCUGCUCAGUCUGGACGAAAUCACCCAAGGCCUCGACGGCCGAAUCCUCAUCGACAAAAAGGACGUGGUCAAGGUGUGCAACGCCAUGCCCGCCAAGCAUCAUCUGCGGAGCAACUUUCUCUACAACAACGGCCUGUACGAACUGGCUGGCCGCGUCGUGGAGACCCUAUCGAGUUGCUCCAACUGGGGCGAUUUCCAAGAUGACCGCAUCUUCGAGCUCUUGGGCAUGACGAGGACCACCGCGUUUCGGGACGUUCACGACAACGACAAGAAUGUUGCCAAGCCGUACAUGAUUCUCGCCGACGGCAAGCCAUCCCCCGGUGGCCUCCGCAGCUCGGUCGACGACUUGCUCAAGUGGUCCGCGUGCCUCUUAUCAACCCUGAACAAUGACAAAUCGGGAGCAGGUACCGUCCUCAGACACGCAUCGCCCAUUUUUGACAGAUGUGCCAUCGCGAAUCCCAAGGAUGCGCAGGCUGGCGACUCCUGCGCCGGAUGGUGUCAUCACCGCACGCCUGCCGAGCUUGAGUUAAUCUCACCCAACAGGGUCCUCGUAUCUCUAGUCUUGGGUACCGAUUCACCGUCUCUCCUUGUCUACGGUCACCAGGGGGAUGUCCCCGGAUACACCUGCAAUCUCUACCUCAUUCCCGACACCAAUUCUGCCGUGACUAUCUCGGGGCUCCGGCCUGAGGUCAACUUCAUCGAGGUGGCGAGGAAGGCCGCCACGGUUUAUCGUUCACGCUACGAAACCAACUUCCGUUCCCCGCUUGAAAGCCACCGAGGCUCCCGAACCCCGUUGCCAACGCUCGACGACUUUGUCGGCACCUAUGUGAUAGAAAAUCUCGAUGUUGCCUUUAUCGAGGUUCAUUCGGACCCGAAUGACCUGGCCGGGCUGCAGAUGAUGGUCAAUGGUUGCCGCGACCAGGUACUGCCGCUGCGACACUACAACCAUGACGUGUUCUGUUAUUUACCGGACAGUUAUGAUGAGUGUCUGAAACGAGGGUUGCUCUUGACGGAGUGGUCUACUUUCUUGAUCUCCUUCUUGCGUGACGAUAGGGGGGUGGUCAAUGGCAUCCGCUAAAUACAUGUGUCGUGAUCAGGACUAACCAUACGCAACCCACCGGGCCUAGCCGGUCACGUCCCGGCCCUCGACCGGCCAGCCUAGGUACCGGCCCCUUCACUAAUCAAGUCCCUCAGCUCGCACCCCGCGCGUUCGCGAUGGCGGCGCAUGUUCGUCGCUAGGAUCCUGUUCCCGGCUCGGGGACGCGAACCAACUGCGCCCGACCCUCGAGCUUCGCUGCCGGCCUUGCUGGCCUUGGCUCACUUAUACCGCAGUGGCCUCCCUCCCCUCCCCCCGAACCCCAGAACUCCCUUCUUCCUCACCUUCUGGUCGUUCUUCCUACUCCUAACGCACUUCUCAACUCACUAUGAGGGUACAACGACAGUCGCGCUUCUCCGGGGUAGACCAGGAAAGGGUCAAUGCCCUGCAAAGUCUAUAAAGUAGGUUUGAAGUUGCGCCUGGCCUGUCUCUACCUC